CUUUAUCCGAGAAGGGAGCUGGAGCCCUUCAAAGCCAGAGGCAUGCGGUUGGCAAAGGCCGUUUGGCUGGAGGAAGCCUGGCAUGGGUUGGAACUGGAGCAUCGCCCUCAGUCUGACUACCUCCAGCAUCAUGUGGCUUCUAAUUAUUGAUGCCUCCCAGAAAAAAAAGAUGUCCAAGCGCCCAGAAAGCCCAGCUGCUAUUCCACCAGCCACCACUGGAGGGCCCCAAACACCACUCUAGAGAUCCGCAGCGGCCUACCACCCACACCAGACAGGUGCCCAGCAAGCCCAUUGACCACAGCACCAUCACCUCCUGGGUAUCGCCUCAAUUUGAUACAACAGCAGAAAGCUGGUUCCCAACCCACCGGAAAUCUCUUCGCCGAGACCAAACAAGACAUUCAAGUCGAAAAUCUACCACCUCCAAGUUUCCCCAUCUAACCUUUGAGACACCACAGACUUCUUCCAGUUCAUCCACAGCUGAGAUCCCUUUGAUCAGGAAGUGCCCUGCUCAACCAGAACAGGACGUUUCUGGAAGGCCCCUGGUUCCAAUGCUCAGUCCCCAAAGCUGUGGGGAACAGAUGCUUCAAAGCUUGUCUUAUGUGUUCAUCCCACCUGAUAUCCAGACCCCAGAGUCAUCUGUGAAGGAAGGGCCUACUCCCCCAGACCUGAGGGAAACCGUCCUUCCAAGUGGCUCCCUUUACUCUAGUACCCCCAAGAGCCCACAGCCUGUGCCUGUUCUGGCUGAAGACACACCAGAGGACAAGUAUGGGAUAAAGGUCACGUGGAGGAGACGACGGCACCUGUUAACUUAUCUCCAGGAGACAGGGAAGCUGAGUAAAAGCCAGUUCCUUGUGAAAAGCUGACUGGAUUUUUCAGACAUUAGCCUCCUUAUCAGUAGUCUCAAGGAAUUGAUUGCUGGUUUUCAUGA